GGGGGGUUACGUUGAUUAACGUUGUAUCUUGAAGACUCCUCCCUAAUUAGCCAUCCGUCGGCGCAACCUGGUGGAGUGAAGGAGCGCGACCCUUCACGGUGGCAGUGUCCAAUCAGCGCUGUCAAUGCAAGUCGUCGGCCGUGUCGAUGUAUGUGUUGUGUGGUAGCUGCUACGAGCAGGGCUCGACGGGCACUAUGGCGGAGGAGGGCAGUGUGUACGAGUUUGAGCGGCUACAAACACAAUUCCAGAGUUUGCUGAGCCGCUACUCAAGUGAUGAACUGCGAGCCGACGGUAAACCGUUCUGCUCGGACUUUUGCAAGCUGGUGGAGGAGUAUGCGUGUCGCUGGCAGGUGCCACUGCCUCAGCUCGGGAUCCUUGAGUUGGCGCUCCGCUACUUCGCUCGAGCCUCCACCUUCUUCCCACCAAACUGUGAUCAUGUGCUCCACACACUCAGUAGUCUGGCCUUGAGUGUAUUUGAGUUGCUGCUGUUCUUUGACCAGACGGACUUCCAUCAGGAGCCACUGAAAAACUUCUCCAUUACAUUCCAGGAAUGUCAUUUGGUGCUCGUGAGGCAUCAGAAUGUUCACUUACUUCAGGUGGAGCGUUUGGUUCAGGGCGACGGGCCUUGGUCCAGCUUGGUCUUACAGGCAAUCCUCAGUGAUUCCAAUUUACCUCCGAAUGAAGUGGAUGGGUGCAUCAGCUCUGAGCUGCCAGUGUUCUUGGAGCUCCGGGUGCGCUACCUUUUGUCCUGUAAGCGGGUCGGUGAGGCUAUGGCCCUGGCUAAGUGUUGUGCCCGGCAUCCCACUGCAGGACAACACUUGUUCUUCCACCAGGUCUACCUCAAGUGGCUUUACAAAUCUUCACAGCACGACUGCCUACAUAAAGAGGUGGUUGAUCUUGGUGGUAAAGAUGCAGUUCACAUCAUAUGUAGUUUGGAGUGCGAUGAAAAGGAUGACUUGCUACUAGCCCUCAGCAGAGCCUUCCUCUCCCAGCAGCUCCGCAGGGGAGACAUGUACUAUUUGUGUGAUCUUGUCUUCGUAUGGAGUAAACUUCACAGUCGGUUGAAUACAUCUAAGCAAGCUCUACUUGAGGAGAGUCAUCAGCUGAUGCGGUCUGCCACCAAUGUCAACUCAAUCUUCCCUUUCAUCAGAGCCAUACUGAAAGAGCUGGGAGAAGAUGGUAAACAGUUCUGCGUGGAGCUUUGUGCUAAGGCCCUCGAGACUUGCCUUCCCUGUGAUGUUGUUACCAAGUCCCUAAUCUACAAAACCAUAGCUGGCCUGCUUCCUAAUGACCUGGAGGUUUGCCGCGCAUGUGCUCUCCUUGUCUUCUUCUUGGAACGCACAGUUGAUGCCUACAAGAUUGUAUACCUUCUUUACAUGCAUCCUGAUCAGGAGUACCACGUGGAGCACAGCCCCAUCGCAAACCAUGUUCGCUUUGAAAUGCUGCAGGUCUUGAAGAAAGACCUCUAUUUUGACCCAGAGUUUUGGAACCUCAUUGCUCUGCGGACCAAUUGUUUGAAGUUGAUGAGUGAGAGGGGAGUUAGUGCUGCCCUUGAAGAAAUCAUGGAGGACAAAUGGAUCCUUAACUAUUGCACCAAAGAGCCUGCUUUCCGGUCAAGCAAAUCAUGUCAGAAAGGUAGGAAAGGGUCACUUCAGGCAGCAGCAAAGAUGCGGCACCACAAAGAGGAAAGACACCGUGAAGAGGAUACUGACACUGCAUCUAAAAGACUAAAGAUGGGCCCAGGUAAAACACGAUUAAAUGUCGAUCUCACUGUAAAGAAGAAAGGGCUACGAUCUUUGAAGGACGCGUCAUCGGAACCUUUGAGGCGUUCAUUCUGGCAGCUAGACAAAAAACCGGACGGUGUCACUAUCAGGUGUGGAGAACAUAGACGCAUGACGCGACUCUCUGAGAAGAACCCACCAAAACGAAGGAUUAGAAAACCCAAGUGGCUUCUGGAAGACUCAGGAACUCCUGAAGAUAACAAUGUUCCUACUAAGAUCAAAAAGCAAGAGUUGACACAUCAGAAGCACCAUCGAUCUUGUGUCGUAAAGAGGUCUGAAACUGGUCAGAUCAAGAACAGUGCAAAACACAAAGCAUCAGUAAACUCUGAUUUAAAAGCAAGGGAAAUAAACAAGCACCAGAGAGGGUUUUCUUUGGACUGUCUUAAACCUGCCCCCACUCCACAAGUUAUUCUUGAGCUCUCCUUACCAGACAAUGAGCUGAUGGUUUCGUUUACUGAGGACUCGUGCAACAGAUUCCCCCAAGUGCUUCUUUACAAACCCACAGUGAAGCUUCCGACCACAUCACAACCUGCGAAGACUGUACAUCGCAAAGAGGUUAUUCUUAGGGCUCGGGAUGAAACCAUGUUUAUACAACUGUUGCACUGUUACGGCCCACGUCAGAAAGGAAAAGGAAAUGGGUCGAACGCUCACGGCUCGGUGUCAACGAUCACACGCUCCUCUGUGCAGGGAAGUCCUCCGAAAAAUCCACGAAGAGAGCGCUGUGGAAAGCCUGACAUGAAAGUUGGAGCUGCCUCUCAUACGCGAGCAGGCGCUGACGAAAACGUCCACCUGGAGCAAACCACAAAAGCAGUCUCACGGAUGACGUCUUCAGCAAGAGAGCUCCAUAAGAAGCCUGCUGGUGUGAAAGCUACUAUUGCGUCAAAGACAUCAGCAGCAGCCCCGGUGUUAGAGAGGGUCCCGCAAGCUGAAACCAUGGCUUCAACGAGAGAGCUCUGUGAAGAACCUGCUGUUGAAAUGAAAGUCACCGUUGCCUCAAAAACCUCAGCAAACCUCAAACACCAAAUCACUGCUUCAGCUGAGGUUGCUCCAACUACAAAUGCAAACAACUGCAAUCAGAAUGUAGUUAUUGACCUAAUCCAUCCAGUCUCCAACACGGCCAACGAUCCAAACAUUGGUGCUGCAGAUACUACGUCCUCUCCGUUCCAAGAUGUUGUUCGUAGGGAUGAGCACACAGAGUCACUUGCCUCAAAGGCUGAGGGUGUUCCUGUAGCCAAAGCAAAAGUGGACACCCCAGAAUUGCUCUGCAACAAUGUUGCUGAGGAUUUAUCAGACUCAAAAGGAAAUUCACCUUGUAAGAAGGACACAACGCCCAGAGGAAACACUGUCUCUCCCAGUAAGGUAUCAGAGUCUCGUGCCACUUAUUCACCUGCAGACCAGGACAGUAUAAAUGACAUAUCUGCUUUGACAUUAGUAACAGAGAUGGUUACUGAACUUGCACCCGAGGCACUUGCUCACGAUCUGGAGAGUGACAAACGACGAUCCCCAGAGAACAGUGCCUCCGAGGAGUCAAUGGCUUGGAGUAAACAUAAAGUACCUCAAAAAAUCCGGUCGACCUCCAUCUGCUCUGAACAAGCACAGGACACCUCCGAAGUUGCUGAUAUGCAACUGAAGAGAGGGAAAGAGGGACCGCAGGAUAUUGAUCAAGAAACACCCGAGGAGGAUGAAGACCUACCAGAAACAGAGGAGUCCAAGUUGGAGUACUGCUGUACUUUCUGUAACAAGGACUUUAAGGGAUGUCGUGUUGUCUCACAUGCAAUGUUCCAUUAUCGAAGAGACGAGUGCAUGUUCUGUGGGACGAUGUUCAAAGACGACCUCUUGGCCAUGAUGCACCUGUCCGAUCAUAUAGAGAAGCUAAAGAAGAUCAAAGAGUCAGCCGGGGACAAAGUCCAAGAAAACCGGGUCUCGGAGACCAAAGGUAUUUCCAUACCUCUGACCUCUGCCAAAGAUAAGACCACAAAUAUGUCUUCGGCACGUCGUGGUCGCGGGAGGCCAAGGAAAACUGCUGAAUUUCCUGAAUCAGUAAGUCUUCAAGAUGUCAGGCCGUCUGAAUCUAGAAAGUUAAGAUCUAAAGAGAAGACAGUGGAUGGAAAUGUGAUACAAGAAAAGAAACAAAACACUUCAAAGCACCGUAACAGUGAAACACGUGUUCAUAAAGUAAAUGGGCAUGUCUGCAAAAAGAAGACUGACAAAGCAAAAAAGGACUUGGACCCCAAGCAGCCCCUUAUGCAGCAGGAGCUCUCCCAAGAAAGAUCGGUUAAUGGAUCUGAGAAUCCUGGGUUUUCAGAAAACCAAGAUGGAGAGAUGGAUUCCUCGUCAUCUUCAAUCUGGGUAGAGAAAGGGUCUGGUAGUUCCUCUGAAGAUAAAAAGGAGAAAGAAUCUCUGCAGUUCCUGAAAGCAGCUACAAAGCAUAAUGGGGAAGCUGUUAAAGAUAAAGAUGUGGAGCCACAAGACCGAGUUCGCUGUCCUGUGGGCGGGUGCGUUUGGUUUAAGGACUUGUCAAAGAACCGAGUUGCACUCCUGUACCACGCUCUGGAUGAUCACUAUGGUGAGCCCAAGCCUUUAGAACUGGCGUUCCGCGUCGGAAAGAGCAGAUGUGCUAUUUGCAUGAGGGUUUUGUGGAGUUUCGAACACUUUCAGCACCAUGUUGAAAGACACAGACUCGCUCCUCGGCACCCUUGCCUCCAUCAGGGCUGCAAAGCCAGGUUCAAAACAGGAAUGGAAAUGAGACGCCACGCCAGGAGGCACAGUCCGCUGCAGGCAGUGUGCUGCCUCCCUGGUUGUUCUCAACUAUUUAUUUGUCUCUGGGCACUAAACCUUCACGAAAGAGAGCACUACGCUUCCAGACCCACAAAGCCAGACAGGAUCGCAAGUGAGGAAACUGGUGACAAACAUGAUCAUGAUGGGAAGAAACAACUAGAUCAUGAGCCAAAAGACACCGUUGCCGGGAAUAAGACUGUGAGUUUAAAGGCUUCUCGUAAAUUAAGAGGACAGGCAACGCACAACACGUCGUCACGAAGACAUGCCAAGGUUCCUCUUCUCUCCAGUGUCAGAACAUCCGUGUUGAAACAGGAGUCCAAAGAGACCAAGGAUUCAAAUGUCUUAAAGAAUCUCUCAAAUAAAGACACCUCUGGACAGCCUACUGUCCCUAAUCUGAGAUUAAGACAAACAUUAAGAAAAGUAACAAAUACAUCCCUGACUGCUCCCAAAACUCAUAAAGUCAUCUCUUCAUCAUUGUUAAAUCUCAAUAACAGAGUGAAGCACAAGCUAAAGAAACACCAGGUGAAAGUAAAUGCAAACGGUCCUAAGAGAAGAGGUCGCCCUCCUAAAAUAAAGAAAGAUGUGCCUGAUGAAAACACGUCUACUGGUCCAAACAGUGAAACUGUCAAAGAAAAAACUUCUCCGCCCAAGGAUCCGAAUGGCCCUGCUCAGCUUUCAAGCCAACUUAAAGUAGCAGUGACUUCAGAUGUGAGCAACAGUGAACAGGACCAAGACGUCAAAAGUACAGAAACAUCAGUCGAUGAAUCAAAGCUUAAGGAUUUGGUGGACAAGCAGAUUGAGAAAAGCCAUGUUAAACACAAGGGGGGCUCGCAUAACACCUCGACAGCUGUCGUGACAUCUAACAGUUUGAAUCAAACAAUCGGCACAACUUCUGCAGACAAGGCACAGAAGUUAACCGCCGGCAAAAAGAGGAAAAUGCACAAGGCAAAAAAGCGCUCCGCUCCUAAAGAAAAUGGCAGCAAAACUCCGGCUGCUUUCGACUUCAGCGAGUCCAAGAGGAACAAGGUUAGAAAUGGAAAAGUCAACACAAAAACCGUCAAGAAAAAAAUUCCUCUUAAAGAAACCGAGUUUGCUUCGAAAAAGACUGCCAAGGCAGUAUCUGCUGUCCCGCACGUUGAAGCCAAAGCAGCUGUAGAAGAAAGUUCUGCUGAUGAGGAUGGAAAAGCAAAAACACAAAACGCAGACUCAACUCAAAACGGCACGGGUGACACUGUGCCUGCUGGUACAGCAAAUGAGGCAACUGCACCAUCCACGUCAGUAGAGAAAUUACAGAGGGUAACAAAGGAGGAAAAAUCAAAGAAACCGAAAGAAAAGAACACUAAAACUGCUUCCUCAGACUCAGGCAAGGUGAAAAAGAAGUGCAAAGAUGGUAAUAAGAAGACGGACAAGGAAAAACAGCCAUGCAAAGGCGAAACAUCUGCUUUGAAAAAGACUAAAAAGUCCAAAUCUGUAGUCCAAUUCCCGGAUCGUGAGACCAAAGCAGCAGCAGCAGCAGUGGUAGACAGCCCUCUUGAUGAGGUGGGAAAGGUAAAGGAAGAAGAUGCAACACACAUCAGCUCUGGUCCCUCCGUGCCUGCUGUCCCCAGCAGCUCGAAUGAAAAGAAUUCUCCUCCCACUGCCACUGAAGAGAACACGCAGACGGUGAAAAUGGUAAAGAAAUUAAAGAAAUCUGACCGUGUGAAAAACUCUGACCCCAAGAAAGCAAGUAAGAAGCGCAGGAAUAUUCUUAAAGGAGACACAAAGAUUGUGAGAAAAUCUGAAGACGACGGUGUUCCAUCGGCAAAGUCCGAAACCGAUCUGGAGGAGCGCUCUGCGGGAGAGACUUUGGCAGAAAGCCCACAAUGUCCAAUUAGUGGCCCAGGAUACUAUUUAAUGAACGGUCAGGCGUCAGUUCAAGAUGUAAUAUCCACAGUUACCAAGGACGCUCUUGCCAUGUAUGGUAAGAGGCCGUACAUGCGAAUUCCGCCCACGGCAUACCUCGAUGAGAAGUACAUCACCAUGCCAAAGCGGAGGAAGGAGAUGUCGCUGUUCCAGUCGCCCAUGCACACUCCCCCUCCUGGGCCGGCCCGCACUGCGGCCGUCCUGCAGAGACAGCGGUGUGCCAAUUGUUUUGCUACUUUCAACAGUGCCGAGGAUCUGCAGUGUCACCUCCAGCUGCGAAAGUGCUCGAACCUCUUUGGGUUUGACUCCGACGACGAGGGCAACAGUUGAACUGGUGCACUCAAGUCGAUGUGGAUUACAAGUCUCAAUUGCAAAUUAGACCCUGAGGACCUGCAUGAAGCCCCUGGACAGAUCGUACCUCGACAGACUCCUCUCAGACUGGCUUGUUCGUUGUUUUGGGCAAAGACUCACGCAUCAGGCGUUAUCACAGGAAGCCGAUAAAACUGACUUUUGCUGCAGCAUGUGCCUGUAACGCAUGGCCCUGGAGCGGCCAUAACACAUCACACACAGCCAGUCGGUAAAGACACUACUGAACUGAAUCCCGGUCCAGACUAGUAGCUCACAGCUAGUACUGAAGUGCCUGCUCUGGAAAUUUCCGUGCUGUUUCUAGCGGCGAUGACUGUUGAGGAGAGAAAGCUUUGUGGCUUUAAGACUGGGCUCACGAAAGCUGUGAAAAAAACAAAAACACAAACUGAUGCUCAAUGAGGAGGCGGCUCCUGCUGCCACUAGGAUCCAUAUUUUUCACAUCAGUAAGCCAUACAUUUUUGUUUGCUUUUUGCACUCUUUUCAUAAAUUAUGAUCAUUUUUUCCCCCAGCUUAAACUCUCAAAACGACGUGAAUUGUACAAAGAGAGAAGCUGUAGUAUUUCAUGCAAUUCUUAACAACCUAAGGUCACAGACAUACUGUGGACAGAGUCUAAACUUAGACAGUUUUGCUGUUUCAAAGUCUUUUUGGAAAGUUUUUAUGUAUGAUUCUUGUUUAAAAUUUAAAUUUAUUUCUUAUUCAGAGUUGCCCAUGGGGUUGAUCAGGCCUGUUUUUCUUGUGCUAAUCACAAUGUACCAGUAGGGGUCAGUGUUCACCAAUGUCAAGAUCCUCAUCAUAUUUAACACGUUUACUUUUUUUCCCUAUUACUAAACACAAGAAUAUAUUGAAAGUAUUUUUUGCGACAGAAAAAUGUAUACAUACACAUUGCAUUUAUCAAUUUAUAGUUUUUUUUGUCUUCCAAUCACAUCCAUCAGCAUGUACGUACUUUAGCAGUAACAGCCACCAACCACAAUGUGCCAGUAUGCCACUAAUAUUUUUUUCCGGAUUCUGUCACUGAUCUCUUCUGUCUUCUAUUGGCUGUCGGAGCAUUUUUGCGUAUACGAUAUUUUCUCACUUUAAUAUAGAGUUUUCAUCUUCACUGUUCAAGACCACACGGACAUUGUGAUUUCUUUUAGCGUGAAUGUUUGUCUUGCAGGAUUCCUUCAGAGGGCAAGAGAGAUGUGGCAGUGUAACUACCACAGUUUAAUGUGUAACAAGAGGCCGCGCGCGAGUCUUUAAUGAGCAGCAGCAGGUUAUAUUUAUUUAUGUUUUAUUUUCUAUCUUUUGUAAAUAUUUGAAGAGUUUUGAUGGCUUAUUAUAAAAGGAGUGUUGGAGCUGGGUUUAUAUUUUGUUCUUGAAGAAAGAAAUAAAACUUAUUUCAAAUC